AAUUAAAAACUAAAAAAACAACAACAUGUCUACCUUGAAUAUGCAUCCACCACAAACCUACUCCCGACUAUUCCGUCCAUGGGAUUGUAGUUCCCGUGACGAAACCAACAAAACACCCGAGGAAGUACCAGUCCAACAGCCGUUGGUAAAAUCGGAAUAUAACUCCUCCACCGAGGACAUGUCAGCCUCAUCUACCUCAACACUAAUCAAGGCUGAAAACUUGUCCUUCAGUGGCAAUGAAAGCGAUCGUGAAUGUGCCUCGUCCAGCAGUUCAUCCAGCAAAUCCUAUGACGAAAGCUUCAACAACAGCAUGCAAAUGGAUGUCUCCUCGCCAUCGGUCAACACUACAACCGCUCAUAUGGUGCCACAGGCUCUUAAUUAUGCCGCUCCUCCAGCUUCUCACAUCUACGGUUCAUUGGAGAACCCAAUGCAUCCUGCCUCAGCCAUGCACAUGAUGCCUCCAUCUGCCAGUGACCUUUACUAUGCUGCAGCCGCCGCUGCUGGAUUACCAAAUGUAGCAUCAACUACUUCACCAUCAGCCGCCGCUGCUGCAGCUGCCGCCUAUGCCUUGGAUCCCUAUGCCUUGAGCAUUAUGGAACAGGAAUACGCUCGUGUAAUGGCCGAGGAGGCUCAUCUGAAAGCCGUCAAUGCCCGCAAGCAACGCCCAAAGAAAUUCAAAUGCCCCCAUUGCGAUGUUGCCUUCUCCAACAAUGGCCAAUUGAAGGGACACAUUCGCAUCCACACCGGCGAAAGGCCCUUCAAGUGCGACGUUGAAACCUGCGGCAAGACAUUCACACGCAACGAAGAGUUGACACGCCACAAGCGUAUUCACACCGGCCUCAGACCCUACCCUUGCACUGCCUGCGGCAAGAAGUUCGGACGCCGUGAUCACCUCAAGAAGCACAUGAAGACCCAUAUGCCACAAGAACGUCAACUGGGACCCGCCAUAUUUGUGCCCAUGUAUCCCUACCUCUACGGCUAUUAAGGACGAUGGACACAGAUACGUAGGACACAACGCGGUGUCAUGUGACAUAGUAUCGCAUGUGGCUUGGCCCAAAUGCUGCUUCCAAUUUCAAGGUUCCUCAAAGGCAUAGAAGAAAAACGAAAUAAAACGCGCUUGCACGCGUUAAAAA